AUGAUCAUCUUCAAUGGUGCUUUUGUUGGCGCUAACGGUGGACCCGAUAAUCCGGACAGCAAGGACAACGGACCAAAAGGCAUUGCAUUCUAUGCCAAUAACGAGGAAUUCCAUCAGCGUCUCCAGCGCUAUAUGGCACUACUUGGGCGAGCCAGCCUAAUUUAUACAGAUUUGGCUGUUAUCUCAUGGGAAAUACUUGACUCCAACGCUUCACCGGAAGUUAAAGAAGCAAAGCAAAGGGAGUCUAAAAAUUUAUUGACAACCAUGCAAAAUGUAUUCCACAUGGCAGAAUACGUCCAACUAAGCAAUAUAUUUUAUAAAUACGCUGAGAUAAAAACACGUCCGCAAAAUAAAGAUGUAAAGCAGGGAAGCUCCGAUGAGCAUAAGAAAGAUGUGGAUGAACUCGAAAAACAAUUCAAAGAUAAGGAAGGCUUCGCAGCUGCCCUUAUAAAUUCCGACUUAGCAGAAGUGCACAAAAGUAUUAUAGACGAUGCAGUAGCGUUCAUUAGAAGACACAACGGCCAGCAAACAUCACCGCCGCCAAGUAAACCCGCGGGGAGUAACUCGGCUGUAAGUGGUGGAGAGGAUGUGCCUUUGGCUGCAAGCACAGCUGCCGAGCCUAAGCCCAGUGGUAACACGCCUACACCAGAUCACACGAAUCACAUGGCAGCUACGGGUAAUGCAAAUACUCGAGGUGGACGGGGCACAACACAUGCUACAAACGGAGAAGAUACAUCACAAACCACAGAAGGAACUCUCAACGAUAUACCUAACACAACGGAUGCUAAGGGUUCAUCAGGGUUUGUGACAAUGGGCAUCAGGGUUAUUCAAACAAUGGUGGCGCUGGGCGUAAUGGCGGUUCUCUGA